AUGGAAACCCUUCCUGAAGGUUACAGAAGAAACGUUGGUAUUUGUCUCAUCAACCCUUCUAAAAAGAUUUUUGCUGCUUCAAGACUUGAUAUACCUGAUGCCUGGCAAAUGCCUCAGGGUGGCAUUGAUGAAAAUGAAGAUCCAAGAAAUGCUGCCAUCAGGGAACUAAGAGAAGAAACAGGAGUUACAUCAGCAGAAAUUCUUGUUGAGGGAACAGAGAGUCUGUGCUGGUUCCUUUUCUUUUUGGAGUGGGGAGUCAGCAACCUCCAUUUUGAAGAUGCUAUUGGUUUCAUGCAGAGGGUUCCGUAUUGGUUGACUUAUGAUUUCCCACCAGAGGUCAGGGAAAAACUAAAUCACCAAUGGGGAUCAGACUGGAAAGGAAAGGAUGAAGAGAUAGAUCUUUUGGGUGAUGGAACUGAGAAGCCUGAGUUUGGAGAGUGGAAAUGGAUGUCACCGGAACAAGUAGUUGAUCUGGCAGUGGAUUUCAAGAGGCCUGUUUACAAAGAAGUUUUGACAGUUCUCUCCCCCCAUCUUGAAUAA